AUGUGACAUUAGCUGUCUACCUUAACCGCGUUUGAGGCACAUGAAAAUGCUGUCUGGUUAGGCAGCUCGCUAGGUUUUUAAACCAUUCCAAUUACUUAUGGCUCGUAUGUUAUUUUUGUCCUUUGUGUUUAUUAUUUUUGUCCAUUAUCUAUAACCCACAUGUUCAGAGCAGAGCGCCUGCGCGGACGCGUCUGUCAAACGAUAAAUGCCGACACCAGUCUCGAGGAAAACUCCUCCCUGUCGACAACACGCCGCUCUCAUAGCGCAAUGGUCUCCUGGAUUAUUUCUAGGCUUGUGGUGCUUAUAUUUGGUACCCUUUACCCAGCGUACUCCUCAUAUAAAGCUGUUAAAUCAAAAGAUGUGAGAGAAUAUGUGAAAUGGAUGAUGUACUGGAUAAUAUUUGCACUUUUUACUACAGUUGAAGUGAUUACUGAUAUCUUUUUGUGCUGGCUCCCAUUCUACUAUGAACUCAAAAUCGCCUUUGUGGUGUGGUUACUUUCCCCAUACACAAAGGGAUCCAGUGUACUGUAUAGAAAAUUUGUCCACCCUACACUGUCCUCUAAGGAGAAGGACAUCGAUGAAUACCUUUGCCAAGCAAAAGAUAAAAGCUACGACACCCUGAUGCAUUUUGGAAGGAAAGGUCUGAAUGUGGCGGCUACAGCUGCAGUAAUGGCUGCCACUAAGGUAGUAAUCCAAUACUGUUAG